AUGGGUGCUGCAUUAUGUUUGGCAAAUUGCAAGAAAUCUUCAACUCCAUUGUCAUACUCGUCACUUAUGUGUGGUCUUGUCAUCCAACUUCGAUCCAUUUUGGUAGCCCUAUUGAGGAGUUUAUUAAAUGGAAAACUAUUUAUGGAAUGGAUAUGUCCAGCUGUUGCACAAGCCUAUCAUUGUCAUAUCAGUGCACAUGCAACAACUUACAGAGAAGAAUCAGAUAUUUACAAUGACAAUAUUGUCAGGGAAAUCACAGUCGAAGGGGUGGCUUGGAAUAUCAUUCAAAAGCCUCCUGUUCAACAAUUCAAUUCCAGUAAAAUGUUCAAAUUAUACAAUGACUCUUGCUGCUCAAUAUGCUUCCAGGAUUUUGAGGAUGAAGAAUUUGUGAGGACACUUCCAAAAUGUGGCCACUUUUUUCACUUAGUUAAUUUGGGACUCAACUCCAUGGAGAUCUCCAACAUGUGGACGAAUCCGUUUGACGUGUCUCUUAAGCAUGGUGCAGCAGCAACUACAGGGCAAAUCCGCAAAAUGACACAUGCAAAGAAAAACCAUUGGGGUGACACUAGAUAUGAUCUCAGAGCAAUUGGGGCUUCGAUAGGAAAUAUGUAUGUGGGGGUCACCACCACAACAUGGAGUUUGUAA